UCUCACUUACCAGUUGAGCUAUUCGUUUGUUUUAGCGUUUCCACCGCAACAAUCGUCAGCUUCAACCGCCCGGAGCCGCCCUAAGGAAGGCUCUUCAUCUGCCGUGGCAUAUUUUUGGAGGUUUAUAAAGCGUUUUUUGCCUUUAUUAACGAGCCUGGAAAUGGUUAAAAGUCAUGGAGAGUUUUGAUUUACUAGAGAUAUCAUGACGCAGUGCGUAGACGGUUUCAAGCAUGUAUGCAACUCUUUGUUUCGGUGUUUUGAUAUCGAGAUAUAUAAACAGUCUGGAGGCCUUGGAGAUCCUGAACUACUUGCUAGAGAAACAGUUUUUAGCGUGAGUGAAAUAGAGGCUCUCUAUGAGCUGUUUAAGAAAAUCAGUAGUGCUGUGAUUGAUGAUGGACUAAUAAACAAGGAAGAGUUUCAACUAGCUUUGUUCAAGACAAAUAAAAAAGAAAGCUUGUUUGCAGACCGGGUGUUUGAUUUGUUCGAUACAAAGCAUAAUGGAAUACUGGGGUUUGAGGAGUUUGCUCGUGCUCUCUCCGUCUUUCAUCCAAAUGCUCCUAUAGACGACAAGAUUGAUUUUUCGUUUCAGCUAUAUGAUCUUAAGCAGCAAGGUUUCAUCGAGAGGCAGGAGGUGAAGCAAAUGGUGGUGGCUACACUUGCUGAGUCAGGCAUGAAUUUGUCUGAUGAAGUCAUAGAGAGUAUAAUCGACAAGACAUUUGAGGAAGCUGACACAAAACAUGACGGGAGGAUAGAUAAGGAAGAGUGGAGGAUCCUUGUUCUUAGGCAUCCUUCGCUUCUCAAGAACAUGACACUUCAGUAUCUCAAGGAUAUCACGACUACGUUUCCGAGCUUUGUGUUUCAUUCUCAGGUGGAAGAUACCUGA